AUGGCGAUGAACGCUCUGAAUUCAUACUUCAAAAGGAAUUGGAACAAAGAUGACAUAAUGAAUCUUGAUGAAAUUGAUCUCGACAUUCACAGAACCUUGAAGAAUGUGUAUCUUACUCUUUUUGGUGCCAUGUUGAGCUGUACUUUUGGAUUCAUCUCGGUAGCCGGUGGGAAUUUCACAGUCCUUUCUUAUGUAGCAAGUUUAAUCUUGCUCUACUUUACACCACCAGGGAGAAUAAUACGUAUUAUAAGGAUCUUAUUCUCAAUGUUGGCGGCCUAUUCCUUUGGUGCUUUUGAGGGCGUUUUUACCAAUUAUCUCUUCAAAAUCGAGCAAAGCUAUGCUCUCAGAUUUUUUGGAGGUAUAACAAUGGGCAUUGGAAAUUUCUUGUAUGAAGCCAAAACAUCAACUGAGAGGAUCAAUAUUUACAUCGGUUUCCUGAAAUAUUGUUUUGUUCUAAUGAUCACCGGCGUUUCUUUCACUCUCUUGGACAUCAACACAGCUCUUUGGAUGAUAAUCGCAUUGUUCAUGGGGUACCUUGUUUUAUUUAGCCAAGAGAUACUGUACGAUGCUAACGUUGGAGAUAUAAACUUUGUCAACUGCACAUUAACCGUCUUCUUUAAUCUACCGGCUAUAGUGAUCCAUGCUGCAAGACUACACCUGCAGGGAGCAGAAAAUGAGUAA